UUCUAAUCAUUAGUAAUUCUAAUUCGCAUACUCUAUCAGAAGUAAGCUUACAGCACUAAAAGUUCAAGAUGCUUAGGAAUUUUGUUGGGAGGAUACAAAAGGGUCUUUCACUGUUUGUAGCUAGAAGGCCAGAUGCAUUCAGCUACUUCAGUGAAGAUCGCACCGCAACGGCGGCACAAGAUGAUGUCAGGGAAGGUUAUUUUUCUGUUCUUGCAGUCAAGGGUGAGGAAACAAAAAGGUUUAUUGUUGGUUUAGACUAUUUGCAUGAUCCUGCAUUCUUGGGACUUUUGGACAAAGCUCAAGAAGAGUAUGGUUUCAGGCAAAAGGGAGCUCUUGCACUCCCUUGUGGCCCUCAAGAGUUACAGAAGAUUCUAGAUGGUCCCAAAGCAUAGAGCAAGGAACCAAAAGAUAUGAAGAAAGGGAUGGUAUAGUCAUGCAUCUUUCCAUUGUAAAGAAUAAUUAUAAGAAAGCAAAAUCUAAUUACUUAUUACUUUGUAUAUCUCAAAUAAAGUUCUUGUUCUUUCAAUGAAAACAAUAACACAUUAAUAAAAAUAAUUAACACUUAUGGUAA